AUGGAGACGUUUGCAUUGGACAAGGAUAUGUGUGCAAGCAAUGGGGCCAAGUCAACAGCCCAGCCACAGAGGACCCCAGGGGCCCGAGUGAAGUUACUAACAGUGUUUUCCUCUCUGAUCCUCAUGCAGGUGCUCCUGGAUGCUGCCCAGCCCACAGUGCCCGCAAGGCUCAAUGUCCUGCAUGAAGACCUCUUUGUUUCUAGUUCAGAUGAAGAGGAGGAAGAAGAGAACGAUCUAUUCAAGGCGGCGGGCGCAGCGGGCGCAGCGGGCGCAGCGGGCGCAGCGGGCGCAGCGGGCGCAGCGGGUGCAGCGGGCGCAGCGGGCGCAGCGGGCGCAGCGGGCGCAGCGGGCGCAGCGGGCGCAGCGGGCGCAGCGGGCGCAGCGGGCGCAGCGGGCGGUCGAGGCUCCGGGCCAGGGUGGCGGCUCCAUCUUGUGCCCGGGGCCUGGGGGGAGCCCGGGGAGGGGCCCCCGGCCGACGCAGGGGACUACGGGAAUGGGCUGGAGGCAGAGGAGCUAGAACCUGAGGACUUGCUGCUAGAGCCCCAGGACUUGCUGCUAGAGCCUGAGGAAUUGUUGCUAGACCUAGAGCUAGAGUCGGAGCCCAAGCCCAAGCCCGAGGAGAACGCGCCCCGGCCCCGUGCUCCCCCAGGAGUUCCCGGCAUUCAAGAGGAGGAGGAAGAGCCAGGCCUGGUUCAGGGCGACCCGGGGCACGGCGCUAUAGAGGACCCGGAGCUGGAGGCCAUCAAUGCCCGAGUAAGGGAGAUGGAGGAAGUGGGAGCGAAAUUGAAGGAGCUUCAAAACGAGGUGGAGAAACAGAUGAACAGGAGCCCACCGCCAGGCAAUGCUGGCCCCGGGAUCAUGUCCAUUGAGGAGAAGAUGGAGGCUGAUGCCCGGUCCAUCUAUGUGGGCAAUGUUGACUAUGGUGCCACAGCAGAAGAGCUGGAGGCACACUGCCAUGGUUGUGGUUCAGUUCAUCGAGUUACCAUCCUUUGGGACAAGUUCAGUGGACAUCCUAAAGGGUUUGCCUAUAUAGAAUUUUCAGAUAAAGCUUCGGUGAGGACGUCAAUGGCCUUGGACGAAUCUCUUUUCGUAGGACGACAGAUCAAAGUGACACCAAAACGGACCAAUCGGCCGGGGAUCAGCACCACAGAUCGGGGUUUUCCGCGUGCCCGCUAUAGUUAUGCCAGAGCUACUAACUACAGUAGUUCACGCUAUGGAUUCUAUAGUGGCUUCAACAGCAGACCCCGGAGAAGAGUCUACAGAGCCCGGGCCAGAGCGACUUCGUGGUAUUCCCUUUACUAA